CGGGCCCGGUCGCGCGGCGCGGGGGGGGACGCGCCGCCACCGCCGCAGGAUGAGCGGCGCUGCCGGCGCGGGACCCGGGGAUCUUCUCUGGCUUUGAACAGCCAUGCUACUCUGUUGCCAAAAAUCAAGUAAAGUGAAUGUGUGCUUGAAUUUGAAGAAGGCGGUAGCUCUGUACAAUGCCUGAAGUUUCUAAAUGAUUUUAGCGGUGGAAGUUACAAACUUCAGAGACCUAAAGAAAUCAUCAUGAAGCUAUAUGUAUUUUUGGUCAACACUGGAACUACCCUUACAUUUGAUACUGAACUUGCUGUACAAAAUGUGGCUGAUCUGAAACAUGCAAUUCAAACAAAGUAUAAGAUUGCCAUUCAACACCAAGUACUGGUUGUCAAUGGAGGAGAGUGUAUGGCACCAGACAGAAGAGUGUGUAGUUACAGUGCUGGAACAGACACCAACCCAAUUUUUUUAUUCAACAAAGAAAUGAUCUUGUGUGAACGUCCACCAGCUAUCCCCAAAACCACGUUUUCAGCAGAGAAUGAGAUGGAAUUGAAAGUAGAAGAAUCUCUUAUGAUGCCUGCAGUGUUUCAUACAGUAGCAUCACGAACACAGCUUGCUGUGGAAAUGUAUGAGGUUGCCAAGAAGCUUUGCUCCUUUUGUGAAGGUCUUGUACAUGAUGAACAUCUUCAGCAUCAAGGCUGGGCUGCCAUCAUGGCCAACUUGGAAGAUUGUACAUACUCUUACCAAAAGCUGCUUUUCAAGUUUGAAAAUGUGUAUUCAAGCUAUUUGCAGUCCAUAGAUGAUAUCAAAUUGAAACUUACACACUUGGGUUCUGCUGUUUCUAUCAUGGCCAAGAUACCACUGCUGGAGUGCCUAACAAGACAUAGUUACAGAGAGUGUUUAGGAAGACUGGAGUCUUCACCUGAACAUGGAGGAGCAGAAAGUGAAGAAACUGAGGAUGGGAAAUCUCCUGAAUUGGUGCUUUAUCCUGAUGUAUCUAAAGUGAACAGUAAAUCAAUGUUAGCAUCAUUUUGCAAGUCAGUUGAACAUUCAGCUUUGGAAGGCACAGAUCCUGAAAAUGUAAAAGAUGAUAAGGAAUCUGGUCAAAAUGCUACUGUCCAGGACAAUGAAAUGUCGGUAGAAUUGAAAAAUGAUGAUCAGCCUUCCUUCAAUGUGUCUUUGUUAGACUGGAUAAAUGGUCAAGAUAGACCUAAUGAUGUUGAAUCCCUGGUCAGAAAAUGUUUUGAUUCCAUGAGCAGGCUUGAUCCAAGGAUCAUCCAACCCUUUCUGGCAGAAUGUCGCCAAACUAUCGCCAAACUAGAUAAUCAGAACAUGAAGGCUAUUAAAGGUCUUGAGGAUAGACUCUAUGCAUUGGACCAGAUGAUAGCAAGCUGUAGCAGACUGGUGAAUGAACAGAAAGAACUUGCUCAGGGAUUUUUGGCUAAUCAGAAGAGAGCUGAGAACUUGAAAGAUCCUUCUGUGCUGCCUGAUUUGUGUUUGAGUCAUGCAAAUCAGCUGAUGAUUAUGUUAACUAAUCACAGAAAACUGUUAGAUAUUAAACAGAAAUGUACCACUGCCAAACAGGAGCUUGCAAAUAAUCUGCAAGUCAGACUGAAGUGGUGUUGUUUUGUAAUGCUUCAUGCUGACCAAGAUGGAGAGAAACUACAAGCACUGCUUCGUCUUGUAACAGAGCUUCUAGAAAGGGUCAAAGUUGUCGAGGCUCUCAGCACUGUUCCUCAGAUGUACUGUUUAGCUGUUGUUGAAGUUGUGAGGAGAAAAAUGUUCAUAAAACACUACAGGGAGUGGGCGGGUGCUUUGAUAAAAGAUGGGAAACAUCUAUAUGAAGCUGAAAAGGCAAAAAGGGAAUCUUUUGGUAAACUCUUUAGGAAGUCCUUUCUAAGGAAUCGUUUGUUUAGAGGACUUGACUCCUGGCCUCCAUCCUUUUGUACACGAAAACCUCGCAGAUUUGACAGUGAGCUUCCAGAUAUCUCGUUGAGCGACUUGCAAUUUUUGCAGUCUUUCUGUCCUUCAGAAGUUCAGCCAUUACUCAGGGUUCCCAUACUUUGUGACUUUGAACCUCUUCACCAGCAUGUACGUGCUCUACAUAACCUGGUCAAGGCAGCACAGAGUUUGGAUGAAAUGUCACAAACUAUUACAGACCUGCUGAAUGAACAAAAGGCCUCCAAUAGUCAAGCAUCGCCACAAUCUGCUACCACACCAAGGAUGGAAAGUACUACAGGAACCGCAAUUGCUACCUCUUCAAGAACUCCUCCAUCACUCAGUCUUCAGGGUCCCCUGUGUCCUCCUGUGUGUCCCCCAGCUCCAUUAGAAGAAUUGUCCCCGGACAGCAUUGAUGCUCACACAUUCGAUUUUGAAACUAUUGCCCAUCCGAACUUGGAGCAAGCUCUUAAGCAAGGAUCAUUAGACUUGGAUUCAUUGGCAGAGAGUCCCGAAUCUGACUUUAUGUCAGCAGUAAAUGAAUUUGUAAUAGAAGAAAAUCCAGUGUCUCCUAAUGUAAUAAGUGACCCACAAAGCCCAGAAAUGAUGGUGGAAUCUCUUUAUUCUUCAGUUAUCAAUGCAAUAGACAGUAGGCGUAUGCAAGAUACAAGUUCUUGUGUAAAGGAUGUUUCUGUAGAAAAUGCUUCUCUCAGUGUUUGUGUGGAGAAGUGUAGGGUUAUUGCUCAAGACUCAAAGGUACAUUUAAAAGGUAUAAAAGAAGAUCUUUGCCAUUUCAGAACACUUGUACAAAGAGAACAGUGUGACUUUUCUAAUUCUUUAAAAUGUACUUCCUUAGAAAUAGUAAAUACAAUUGAAAAGGUAAAGCUUUCACUUGAAAAAACACUAAAUGAUAAACAUCAAAAUGAAUUACAGUCUUUGAAAAGUGAGUAUGAAACUAAAAUUAAUAAAUUAUUGGAGGAUGGUGAAGAAAAUAAAAAGAAAAUCAAAAAGUUAAAAGGUGACCUGUUAGGUCUUGAGGAAGUUCUUCAGAAUAAGAAUGAUGAAUUUGCAAUAGUAAAGAAUGAGAAAGAAGCUGUAGUUUGCCUUCAGAAUGAAAAAGACCAGAAAUUACUUGAAUUGGAAUGCCAAAUGGAGACACAAAAUUCUGAAAUCAAGGAACUGAGGCUGUCACGUGAAAUUGUACUUGAAGACUUGAAAAAACUUCAUGUUGAAAACAACGAGAAACUGCAACUCCUGAGGGCAGAACUUGAGAGUUUAGAGCAAAGCCAUUUAAAAGAACUGGAAAGCAACCUACAAGCCAGGCAUUUACAGGAAUUUGAGAAGGUCCUAGCUGAGCACAAGGACUGUUUGGAUAAAUUGAAAAAAGAGAACGAGCAUAGACUUGAACAAAUGCAGGAGUCUCAUGAGGUAGUUAUGCAAGAGAAACAACAACAAGUAGAAGAGCUACAACUCAAGGUUUCAGAUCUGUCUGAUUUGAGGUGCAAACUAGAAGUUGAACUUGCCCUGAAAGAGGCAGAAACUGAUGAAAUGAAGCUUCUUUUGGAAGAAAGCAGAAACCAGCAACAAGAGACCUUAAGAUCUCAGGUUGACAAGGAAACUGAAAGCUUAAGAAAGGAAAUAGAUAAAUUAAACAAUAAAAUACAAAUCAGCAGUGAUGAAUAUCAAGUGGGCUUAUCAGAACUAAGGACUCUGAUGACAAUUGAGAAAGAUCAGUGUAUUUCUGAGCUAAUAAAUAGGUAUGAAGAAGAAUCAAAUUUGCUUAGAACUGAAUUAAAUAAAGUAACGCUUCUUCAUCAAAAAACUGCUGAGGCAGAAAAAAGACUUUCAGAGCAAAUAACAGAACUGCAAAGUAAGUUAGAGUUGGAAAUGACUGCCCUAGAGAAGGAAAAAACAGAAAACUUGUCUCUCUGUGAGCAGCAGGAAAAAUAUGAAGCUAUUAUCCAUAAGCUAAAGGAAGAGCAAGAACUAUUAAUAUCUAACCAAGAGCAAGACAGGCAGUUGCUCAUUCAGAAGCUCAAUUGUGAAAAAGAGGAUGCAGUGCAAACUGCUUGUAAAGAGUUGGAAUUACAGAGGGAAGCUGCUGAAAAAGGGCUUUUGGAAAAAAUAAUGCAACUUGAGAUGCAAGUGAAUCAGAGUCCUCCUGCUGAAUCAUCUGCUGAAUCAAACUUAGUCGCUGAACUUCAGGAGAAGCUUCAGGAAGAAAAAAUGAAGUUCUUAGAGCAACUUGAAGAACAAGAGAAAAGAAAGAAUGAAGAAAUGCAGAACAUCAGAACAUCACUCACUGCAGAGCAGCAGACCAACUUUAACACUGUUCUGGCAAGAGAGAAAAUGAAAAAAGAAAACAUAAUUAAUGAUCUUAGUGACAAAUUAAAAGUGCUUACACAACAGCAAGAAAAAGAUAAGGAUUUGAUUGAAACACUUUCUGAAGAUAGAGCUCGCUUACUUGAAGAGAAGAAGAAACUUGAAGAAGAAGUUAGUAAACUGAGAAGUAGUAAUUUUUCUCCAUCAACCUACUUGGCAGCAGCAUCAGAAGCCUGUGGGGCCUGUGCAGCUGAUGUGCCCACAGACACAGAGAGAUUGGUUGCUGACUUUGGGGCUGAGGGGAGAAUGGAUUCCACGAUGGAAACCAGUAUGAUGGCUGUGCAUGAAAAUGUUCAUAUGUCUGAAGAAAAGCAGAGGAUAAUGUUGCUAGAAAGAACUUUGCAGUUGAAAGAAGAGGAAAAUAAGAGAUUAAAUCAAAGAUUGAUGUCCCAAAGUAUGUCAUCAGUAUCCUCAAGACAUUCUGAAAAAAUAGCAAUUAGAGAGAGACCACCAAGCCCUAACUUGAUUAAAAUUUCUGCUUUUAAUGAAAAUACCAGUAAUAUCCUGGUACCUAUAACUGCUUAUUCAAAAUACUGCAUACAUUUCUCUUUAGCAUCGGGUGCAUCUAGGAGACCGUGGGUGCUAGGAAAAGUGAUGGAAAAGGAGUAUUGCCAGGCAAAAAAGGCACAAAACAGAUUCAAAGUUCCUUUGGGUACAAAAUUCUACAGAGUGAAAGCAGUACCAUGGAACAAGAAAGUAUAACACAACAAAGUUUUAGUUCAUUCUGUCUCCAUUCUUUUUUGACUUGUCCUUCAGUGCUCGUUCAUCGCUCCAAAUACCAGGCCAUCUUUUUAUACUGAGGUCAUGUGACAAGAUACGUCAUUGAUGUACUGCUUUUACUUUUUAACAGGUGACAUUUUAGAAAUUCAUCAAAAACUCUGGCCCUAACUGCUUCGAUUUUUUUACCCAGAUAACUUUAAGAGUGUGGACCAAAUGAGUUCAUUUUCUCUAAGGGCAACCACAUGAAACAUGGUUUGUUUGCCAUGUUAAUUGCCUGUUAAAUAUACAUUAGCUUGUAUUUAGAUGUUAAAUGUUAGUUACCAUUAUUACCAGCAUAUGUCCUUUUGUGAAAUCAUUAUCAAAGUACUUGCACUCUUUAACAGAUUCUUUAUAUGUGUAAAAUUCAUCAACUAUUUAAAGAGGGUGUUCAUUGCAUGCAGAUAAUCAUAUAAUUUUUCUUCAACGUGAGUUUGCCUCAGUAGAUGAAUAAAAAUAACUACUGCAGCUUGUUUCAUUACAUGAAAAUGCUCUUUAAUGUUAAAAAACCCUUGUAAUUUGGUGGACUGAUUUUGAAAAUCAGUCACAGUUAGAUCUGCAAUCUUCAAAAGCACUUUCGAUGGAUUGAUCACACAGAUUCUGAAGGGAAGACACCUGUGCUGUUUAUUCAAGGUGAAGCACUUGUUCUUCCCAACAAAACAGAAGUCUUGUAUUAAUCUAUUUAGAAAAAUCAUAUUGAUGAAAUUGUAUUUCAUGGUUGAGUUUCAGGAAAAAACUCAUUGUACAUUAACCAUACAAGAGUCAUUUAAGUAACAAAUUAUUGUAAUUGUAAAAGACAUGUAGAAUUUUAAAACAAUAAAGAUUUGAAACUGUAUGUGUUCGAAGUAUUUGUGUGCCUUUUAAAUACCAUCUCUAAUAUUUAUUUCAUGUUAAUCUGUUGCAUCUUUAUGAUUUCUCCAGCGGUUUCAUUACAUAGAAAUAUCCAAAUUUUCUAUGAGAGGUAGUAAUUUUCAAAAGCAUUUGGGAAUUACAAGAAUUACCUUGUAAUCAUCAAAAUGAAUUUAAAUAGACAGAAAUUUUAAUUUUGUCAGCAUAUUAAAUGCAUAAGUGACAUGUUUUAGUAGUUAUACUGCCUACAUUUUUAAAAUGUAGUCUUAUUUAUUUUAUUUUUAAUAACAGUAUAAAAGGGAUGUACUAUAAAUAUGUAACCAAUGGAAAGUGAAUUUAUGAGUUCAGCUAUGAGCUUAUGCCUUGCAGAUUCAAUUCAUAGUUAUUCAGCUGUGAUUUGUCUUCAGGUGUGGAGUGGAAGAGGAGGAGGUAAAGAAACGACCACAUGAAAAUCUCAGUGCUUCUGCUCAUACGUUUCAAAUAAUAUUUCUCUAGACUAACCAGUCCAGUUGAAUAGCCAGAAACAUCUGUAUAUGCUUUAUUUAAAAUUUUGUUCCAUAAAAACUUUAAGUUUGGGUUUUUAUGAAAUGCAUGGGCUUGUAACUGUAUCAUAUCUUUGAUUAAAUAAAUCUAAGACAAUUGAUCUGUGGAAAACAGAA